UCCGGGAUGGGAUCAGCUUUAGUACUAUUGCUUGUCGUGGUGCAGCUGGUGCUGAUUCCGGACGCCGCUGCGGAUUCCCUCGAAACAGCAGAGCCGAGCGUGGAGAGCCGCAUGCCGCGAUGGGUGACAGCCUCGCCGUCGGGCUCCCCCGCGGAGGAGACGCAGGGCUUCUCCAUGGUGUCCCCGCUCCCCACGCCCUCCAAUCUCACCAAGACCAACACCAGCGACAACAUCACGGCGCAGCUGGGGGCGUCGGUGUUCCUGCCUUGCAAGACGCAUCACUCCAUGGAACGGCAGGUGUCCUGGGUCCGACGCCGGGAUUGGCACAUCCUAACAUCCGGGACUUUGACCUAUACCAAGGAGGCAAGGUUCUCCGUCCACCAUCCAGAGGGCAGCACUGAAUGGACGCUGGCGAUCAAAUAUGUGGAGCUGUCUGACGCAGGCACCUAUGAAUGCCAGAUCUCCACGGGCGGUGGAAUUGUGUCGCACCUUGUACAUCUGAACGUGGUAGUCCCCCGGGCGGUCAUACCAGGCAACGGCGAGUACCACGUGGACACAGGAUCGACCAUCUCCCUGGAUUGUUUCAUUGAGCAGAGUCCCAAGGCGCCACAGUAUAUCUUCUGGUACCACAAUUCUCGCAUGAUCAACUACGACAAGGACAGGUCGACGGUGCACAUUGAUACGGGUCCGCGCGUCAGGUCAAGGCUCACGGUGAACAAUGCCAGGUCUUCGGACUCGGGGAACUACACGUGUGCAGCAGCCAACACGGACCCGGCCUCCAUCACGGUGUAUAUAACGGAAGCCAACAAGAUAGCUGCCAUCCAGCCUCGCGCUGUUGACGGUGCCAACUCCCUCAGCGGAUGCCUGGCCCUGAUGACGGCUCUUCUGUUCCUGUGCCACGCCCUUGCAGCCUACUGAGUCCUGCUACCCUGCUCCCCGCCCUUCUGAAUCCGCUGUCGCGCCCGCGAGGCUCACGGGCGGCACCAGACACGCCGCUGUGCUCGCUGCGUUUUCUCGCCAGCGGUGAGCCGCCGCUCCCGCGCCGGGCGCUCGAGCCGCUUCGCCCCGUCGUCGGCCGGCGGCGACCCGCUGAACCUAGGGGAGCGUUUCUCCGUCACUGAACUUUUUGUGGCUUUACAAGCAGACUGAAAGACUGUCGCCUCCCGGAAGAUCAAAGCAGCGCUGCGGCGAUACGCGCGCCGCUAGAGAUGGAGAAGGGAGCAUCGGCUGACUGUGUCUUCCUUUCGAGUGGAAGGAAUCGCCGCUUUGGGCAUCGCGCGGAGGAUGUCCCAGCUCAGUGACUUACAGAGGAUCCGAGAACUCAAAGUGUAACCAUUUUCAGUGCGAUUUGUCGAGCGAGACACUCUUUUGAUAACCUGUGUGGGUGCUCCUUCGGGCAUGUGUGACUAUUAUUUUCCUUUUUUAGGUCUGUGUAUAAGGAGACCCACUGACAAGCCCAGUUUGAGUGACGAACUAAGCCAUUGAGAGCUGUCUAGAAAUGCAGAUAUAUUCCUUUAAACUACUACGAGCCUUUCACCCUAUGUUACGAAUUAAAAAGUAAAAAGAAAAAUGAAUAUCUCGAUCAAAAAGAGAAUGAAAAAAAGAAAAAAAAGAAAAAAACAAAAAACAAAGCAUAAGCAGUCGAACUGUCUUACACACCUGCCAGGCACUUUAAAUAACAGUGCGUUUGCUGUAUAGUCGUACAUCUUCAUAUACAUGUCUCUUUGCAGCCGCGUAGAAUCGCCACUCAGUGGAGGUUAAGCGCACGUUGAGGCAGCAAGUUUCGCGACAGGCCAGUACCACCGCAGCUGCAGGCUCGGGGAGAACAAGGAUAGGACAACCUGCUUUCUUUGUUAGAUCUGAAUGUGCUUUUGUCCGUAAAAUCCUCGGCAGCAAAACUAUAUCAAAGGACCGUCCCGGUGAAAAGAGAAACGUGUAACAAGACUGUCAAAGUGUGUGUAUGUCCUUGCAAAACCGUUUCUUUUACGUCAGACUCUCAGCAAUAUGUUAUAGAGGUAUUUGGAGUCACAACAGUUGAUAUAAUAUUCAAAAUAUUGUUUAUGUGACCAUAAACCGAAAUUGUGGAUGUAAACAUCACACACACACACACACACACACACACACACACACACACACACACACACAC